UUAGAGUAUUUUAGAGCUGCGCCACCGCCUCUCCAUCCCACUCUCAAUCUGCAGUCCCUCCGUCUGCCGCUCUGCUUAUAAGAGCAAUGGAGGAAGAGGAAGACCGAUUGAGCCAACUCCCUGAUGACAUUCUUCUUCUCAUCCUCGAUAAAAUCGACAUAUAUGAAGCGGUUAAAACAAUGAGUCUUGUCUCCCAUAGAUGGAAAAACCUGUGGCGUUCCCUCCCCGGCCUCCGCUUCCACUUCCGUCCCGCCACCACCCCCUUCCGCAUCCACUUGGAAGAUUUUUCCAUCCACUCUAGCUUUGUUUCCCACUUGCUAUUUCACCGUGACGCCUCAUCCUCCGUCCACGACUUCCACCUCUCAUUCGACGGCCCUACCCCCAAUCCACAAUAUCCAUGCGGAGUUGACAGGGAAUUCUUGGAGGAAUGCUUGCUCUACGCCCUCAACCACGGCCUUCAAUCUCUCCGCCUCCACUGGCCCACCUACCGCAAACUCAGGCUUCCGCCAGCGUUUCUCACCUGCAACACGCUGCGGGAGCUCGAGAUCAGGGAUUUGUUCUGCCCGGUUAAACUACCUGGACGCUUGUCUUUACCUAAUUUGAAAACCCUUCAUCUUCACACCAUCUCUUUGGUCUUCGACCAUCAUCACGACCCCGACCCCUUCUCCGGCCUCCCACAGCUGGAGAAACUUACUCUCAUUACUUUUAUGUGUGAUGGCCUUGUUGCUAUAAACGCUCCAAAGCUUAGAUUUCUUGAAAUCGAGGAUGAUUAUUUACAAGUGGAAGAGAUCUCUGCCCCGUUGCUUACCUCAUUUACAUACAAGUCUUCUGAUGCUUGGGAAUGUGCAAAGGUGAACCUCCUAGUGUUGGAACAUGUCUAUUUAGACAUUGAUGAGGUUUUCAAUAAGAUUCGUAAUAACUUUGUUAGAAUGCUUCACCAACUUGGGAAUGCCGCCACAGUUUCAUUGACUUCCAAUACUCUCAAGAUUCUCGAGCGCGAAUUUGGUUCCUUUGAGCAAACUCCUACUCCAUUUCCCAACAUGAAAUGUCUCAAGGACUUUGAACUGCGAGGUGGAGCUUUCUUCUAG